AUGUCCGGAUACUCCAUUGACAGGUAUGUGGAAAGCGAUACCCGCUUUUCCCGCGGAAUGUGGGAAUCCAAAGAGGGGGUUUUGAUCAGAUGGGCCGCUGAGGCCUUCAAAACCGUGGUGGAAAAAGACUCCAUCUACACCUUGGCUGGUACCAGACCAUUGGACAACCGUGGUGCCACCUUGAACACCGCGUCCAUCUCGACAAAAAUCACUUCACCGGCCGAAGGAGUCGUGGGAUUUGAAGCGUACCACCAUUUAUCCAAGUACUUGAACAGCAAAGAACCUCGCUUCGAAUUGGCUGCAAGCAAAAAUACCACCGUGAGCGCGACCGACGUCGACGAGCACACCGCGACGUUGGCGGCAGCUGGCGACCUCACCGCUACCCUCGCGAAGCGCGAAUUCGGAGUGGAGUUUAAGUCCAACGACAGAUUCUUGACUAAACUCGGAUUCCGGUCCGUGGGCUGGGUCGCUGACUCGCGGUACCCCAAGGCCGCGGCCACCACCAACACCGCCUCCACCUACAUCACCACCCAGCUUCAUCUCUCGGUGGGCGAAAAAUUGUACGGCUUGGGUGAACGGUUCGGACCCUUCUUGAAGAACGGCCAAAGAGUCGAAAUGUGGAACGAAGACGGUGGUACCUCUUCCGAAUGGACCUACAAAAACAUUCCGUUCUACCUCUCGUCCAAGGGUUACGGGGUGUUUGUCGACUCCCCCCUGAGUGUGGUAUUCGAGUUACAGAGUGAAAGAACCACUCGGGUUAAUAUCACGGUGCCGGGCGAAGGAGCUCGCAUCUAUAUUAUCAACGGUCCAGACCCCAAGACGGUUUUAAAGCGGUACGCCGGGUUGACAGGCUUCCCAGCAUUACCCCCCGCGUGGACGUUUGGGUUGUGGUUGACUACCUCGUUCACCACCUCCUACGACAUUAACACUGUCUCUGGGUUCUUACAGGGCAUGAAAGACCGGAAUAUUCCCUUGAGAACCUUCCACUUUGACUCGUUUUGGAUGAAGGGCUUCCAGUGGUGUGACUUUGAGUUUGAUGCCGACUACUUCCCCGACGCCAAGGCCAUGUUGGCCAAGUUGAAGAAAGAUUUUGGUAUCAAGGUGUGUGUGUGGAUCAACUCGUACAUCGCGCAGGAAUCGGCUUUAUUCAAGGAUGCUGAUGCCAAGGGCUACUUGAUCAAAAACACCGAUGGGUCCAGCUACCAAACCGAUUUGUGGCAGGCGGGUAUGGGAAUUGUAGACUUUACCAAUCCUGAUGCCUGGAAAUGGUACCAGGAUAAGUUGGCGGCGUUGGUCGAUAUUGGAGUCGAUUCGUUCAAGACCGAUUUUGGUGAGAGAAUCCCCGUCAAGGACAUCAAGUACUACGACGGCAGCGACCCGGUGGCCAUGCACAACUACUACACGUUUCAGUACAAUAAGUGCGUGUUUGAGAUGUUGGAAAAGAAGUUGGGCAAGAAUGAAGCGUGCCUCUUUGCUCGUUCUGCCACCGCCGGUUCCCAACAAUUCCCAGUACACUGGGGAGGUGACUGUGAGUCGUCAUUUGAAGCCAUGGCCGAGUCCUUGAGAGGAGGUUUGUCGUUGACUUUGUCGGGCUUUGGCUUCUGGUCUCACGACAUUGGUGGUUUUGAAGGUUCUCCCGACCCAGCCGUCUACAAGAGAUGGUGCGCCUUUGGCUUAAUGUCCUCCCAUUCUCGGUUACAUGGCUCCAACUCGUACCGAGUGCCAUGGAACUUUGACGACGAGGCUUCGGUGGUGUUGAAGAAGUUCACCGACUUGAAAAUCUCGUUGAUGCCGUACAUUUUUGCUAAGGCCAUCGAGGCUCACAAGGAAGCCACUCCCGUCAUGAGAGCCAUGUUAUUGGAAUUCCCCCAGGAUGACGUUUCCCUUACUUGCGACACCCAGUUCAUGUUGGGAGACGCUUUGUUGGUGGCUCCGGUGUUCAAUGCCGAAGGAGAUGUUAGUUACUACGUGCCUAAGGGUAAAUGGUACGGUUACUUGGACGGGGAAAUCAGAGAUUCUGUGGACGGAAAGUACUUCAAAGAGACUCAUGACUUCAAGUCCAUGCCCGUGUUGGUGAGGCCUGACUCAGCUUUUGUCACUGCUGGCCCUGAAACCAAGAUUGAAGUUCCUGACUUCGCUUAUCACGAGGACUUUAUGGUGAACGUCUACCAGUUGGAAACCAACCAGACGAUUCCAAUCCCCGACGUCAAGAAGGCAGGAGAAAUUAUUGCUACCGUUUCAAUCAAGAAGACUGCUUCUGGGUUUGAUAUCUCGACUUCGGGUAAGGCUUCUAAGACUUACUACGUGAAGGUGUUGGGAGCUGAUGUGAAGAAUGCUGGUACUAAGGAUACUUUGGGCAACACAAUUGUCAAGGUUUCUGGUAAGGCUUCGAUUGAGUAUGUGUAG